AGAACAUAUAAUCAGAACUACCUUUCCUUGACUCAACAAGACUAAGCCUCAGGAUCAAAGUUCAGAGAAAAAGUGAGUGGGUGCAUUAUCUUGUGGAAGGUGCACAGAGACCACAAUGGUGCGGCAGAUAGUGCCUCAUAGGUCCAGGGACCUUGGUUCGAUCCUGACCUCUGGUGCUGCGUCUGUAAAGUCUAUACGUUUACCCCUGGGUGGUCCAGCUUCCUCCCACUCCCCAAAGGUGCCGAAUGGCAUAUGCCUCCCAGGAUUUGACUACUGCUGCUCAGAUGGGGUGCAGGUGCUGUAGAAUGAUAAAAAGGUACAUUUUUGGACCAGCUAUUGUAGAACUACCAUCCACUGUGAGAAAUGAAAUCAAUUGUAAAAACAAUGACAUUAAACAUGAGACCACAUUCCACAACAAAAUGGACAAAACCAACAAUAUUGUUGCUUCAACUUUGGACAAAGUAAUAAACUUAGAAGAACAAGAUGCAGAAAUAGAAAUACGGGAAAGUAAUGCAUCGAAGAAGAACAUAGCAUGCGUACAAAAUAAGGUGGUUGAAGAUGUCAAAGACGGCACGAACACUGAUGCAACAAGAAUGCUGAAUAACAACCAAGUUCAUCAAGCAUCAAGUGGAGUUACUGCACACCCCACCAAUACAAAUAACUGUUCCUCAUACAAUAUCAUAAAAGCUACAAAUAAAAAUGAACUGGUACAUCAUCAUGACUCAGGAUCUGAAGAUGAUUGUCAUACAGUCAAUGGACUCUCCACACAUUGUCCUGCAGAAGUUAGUAUUGUUGUUCCAGUAGGAGAGAAAGCAGCAGACAAUCAUAAAAUUGCCAACACAAACAAUGACAAAUUGUCAUCCGCAGAAAAUGAUAAAGCAACUCAAAACAAUUUGGAAACUGACCCUGAUGAAAUCAAAGGUUUAUCCAACCCAUUUACUAAUGAAAAAAUGAAUUCUUUAAAUGGGCACAAAGAUCUAGAAAGCACUCCUUCUGCUAUUGAUGGAGAAUUCAUCAGGAACUUGCUUGAAGAGAAAUUCAGGCUAGAGUUGGGGAUGCAGAGGUGGCAGCUGCCCUUGCAGCCUUGGAGGCUGCAAACUGCUGGAGAAGAUGAUGAGCUGGAGGACUAGGCAAUGUGUGUUAUUGAAUCAGAGUGGACAUGAAGAGUGUAACAUCAAUUUGGGUUUCAAAUGACAUUUCAAGUCACCAAGACCCUGAAGAGUCUGAUUAAUAUGCUAAAAAGUUUUUUUUUAAUAUACUGAAAAUAUUCUAAAAGAUAGAGGCAGAAAAUCCUUGGAUCUGCCUUGUAGAAUAAAUGUGGGAGAACAAGGAUCUUUCAACAUGACUGGUUUUAUUGGAGUAUCUGUGAAUGGGGUCUUGGACACUUAUACUGGGUAACUUCACUAAUUCAGUUACAAUUUAGGUUCCCAUUAGGGAGCAGAGCAUUCAAAAGAUGACGCAACAAUAGUUGCACGGGGGGACGCUGGCAGUAACCUCCUAGAAGGUGUAGGAAAGAAUGAUUGGCCCUUUUAUUUAUUCACAGGACAUGGGCAUUGCUGGCAAAGGCAUUUUUAAAAACUUUUUUGCGAAGGUAUUGGUGAGUUGCUUUCUUGAACUGCUGCAGUCCAAGUAGUGAUGAUACUUCCACAGUGGUGUUGUAUAGGGAGUUUCUUGCAGAACAUCACCCAUUAAAUUGUCUUUUCUUCUUUGAUUGGAUUAGCCAUGAUAUACUAUUCAAUCCCUUGAUUGCUUUUCCACAAGGCUAUUGACUACAUGAAAAGAAGAUGCGUGUUUUAAUGCAGUAGAAAUUAGAACCUAUAGUAAAUAUGGUCCUCACCACUUAUAGCAGGCAUGCAUUUGCUUGGUAUGUGCAAUGAACUUUGUACCAAUAUUAAAAUGUAAAAUCACUUGUCAAAUUUUCAUACAUUUUUCCUUGUAACACAAUAGAUUUUGUACCUUAAUUCACUGAGCUAGGGAGAGAAAGGUCUGUAAUCCAAGAACACAAAUGAUAGGUUGGUCCAUAUGAACUGCGCAACAACUGCAAUCAUAACCCUGCAUAGAAAGGAGAGUUAAAAUUUGCACUGCAUCAUGUAUUAAAGAUACAUGUGGCUAGAAUAUUAAUAAAAGCAAGAGAGGAAUGUAACAAAGUAAUUUCACAGUUUGAUAAGAAGCAAACCAAUGUCUAGGUCCAGAUAUUUUGGCCUGAAAUAGAUGGAGCAUUUAAGCAGCAACUUUAAAAAUGACAUUAAUGCAAGACAACUAAUGGUCUUCAUAUUUUUAGCUUUUACAAGCAACUGCACAUUCUAAAAUGCAAGUGAUGAGGACUGUAGUACUAAAACUGCACACAAUGAUUGUUUAAUGAACCAGAACCAAUGAGAAGUUUUGUAUAUACUGCAAUAUGUGUGUUAUAUAUGUAUCAGUUGUGAAUGAAAACUGACCAUUCUCACAGGAAAUGGGAAUCAACAUU